CAAACCCAUGCCUUUCCGUAUUGGGAAGGCAUGGCGUGCCGACAUAUGUGCCUUCGACCAUGUGAAUGAAUCGCGCCGACUUCAUCCUUACUACGGACAAUCAGGGCUUCUUCGUCGAGAAAUCCCAGAGGCACUCCGUCUGAGCAUUUCGGCCAGGCCUAAUGUGAAUACAACUUUGAAGGGAUUCAUGGGCAAGAUGGUCGCAAUCUGGGUGCCUCAAGACUAGGACUCCCUCCCAACGUGCAUAAGGAUCUAUUGUUGGCUGUAAGAAGGCAGGAAUGGACAUCCGGAUCAAGUUGGAUACAGGGCGCUUGUCUUUCGGCUUUCGGAGCGAAUGCCCGGGGCUAUUAAGACCCUGGCACGGCCCGAUGAAGGAAACCGGUAGAAGAUGUGAAGGCCAAUACAUUGUGGUAUAGAUGCGACCUCUCUCUCGGGGGACUUAUGUAAAUACCAGGUUUGGCGCAACCUUUCUGCAUUGGUUGGGGACAAUACCCCGUUGGCAAUCGUACAUCGCAAUAUGG